AUCCAACUGUGAGGUCUCUCAGUUCUCUGCAACACAGAUGGGGAGACAUCCAAAAAGAUACCGCCCGCUUCUGUGGUUUCUAUAGUGACAUUGUUAGGCGCAAUCAGAGUGGGAAAAGUGAAGAUGACAAGGUGAAGGACGCUCUGCAAAUGUAUGCCGGUAUCGUUGGAAACCCAUUCAAGAUGAUUCAUUGCUGGUUAAUUCUUCGCCAUUCAAACAAAUGGAAUGACUGGUUAGCGAAGGACUGGCAGAAAGGCACCAAGAAGGCUAGUGUCCAAGAUGUGUCUCAAGGUUCUCCGGGUGCUAGUGUUCAAGAUGGGACUGAGGGUUCAACUGUUCCUACCCGGCCACCAGGAAGAGACAAGUCAAAAAGGCUGCGCACUACCCCUGCUGACACCUCUUCUAGUAGUUCAGCAUACAUAGACGUGCUGCAAAAGAUUCAUGAAGAUAGGUCCAAGUACGAUGCAAGAGUAGAGGCUGCAACCAUUGAGGAAGCCCAGGCGAUUGCUUCACGGGCUGAGAGGAAGCUUGCCCUGCAGGAGCAACAUGUUUCGAUUCAGCAGAAACAACUGGAGAUUGCAACUCAGAUUUUGAACCUGCAAAAGGAAGAACAAGAAGAUAAGGUCAUGAGUCUUGAUGUGGAGAAGUUGGCACCAUGGGUCAGGGAUUACUAUAUUGCGAAGCAGAAGAAGAUUGCCUCGAGGGCGCUUGCCAGUGGCGGGCGUUCGGAUGCUUGA